CCUUAAACCAUAAGUCUCCACUCGUAACGUCUCGUUGAGCCACAAUUUCCCUUGAAACCCUAAGGACAAUGUCUUCCUCUGAAAAGCCUCCGGUGAUCGGAAUUGACCUCGGCACCGUCUACUCGUCCGUCGGAGUUUGGGAUCCAAGCCUCGGUCGCGUGAGAAUCAUCGCCGACGAGUACGGCAACACUCAGAUUCCUUCGUGUGUGGCUUUCACUGAAACCCAGCGUGUGAUUGGUACCGCCGCCUACGAUGUGAAUCAGAUCAGUUCUAACCUCGGGAACACUAUCUUCGGCACAAAGCGGUUGAUAGGGAGGAAGUUCAAUGAGCCUUCAAUUGGAGAAGAUAUGAAGCAAUGGCCAUUCAAUGUGAAAGAGAAGCGUGACAUGCCGGUUGUUUCUGUCAAUUACAAAAACCAAUGGAAACAAUUUUGCUGUCAAGAAAUUUCUGCCAUGAUCGUCUCAAAGUUGCAUCAACUUGCUGAGGAUGAUUUAGGUUGUUGCGUGGAGGAGGCUGUGAUCAGUGUGCCUGCUUUCUUUACUGAUUCACAAAGACAAGCUAUGAUUGACGCCGGUGCUAUAGCAGGGCUGAAUGUGCUCCAAAUAGUUAAUGAAGGAACUGCAUCGGCCAUAAACUAUGCUGUGGAGAGGAGAGUUUCUCGAAAGAAAAGAAUACUGGUUUUUGACUUGGGUGCAGGGAGUGUUGAUGUUUCUAUUGCUGUGCUGGAAAAGGGACUCUGUGAAAUCAUUCAUUCUACUGCUGGAGAUACUUGUCUAGGGGGCAUGGAUUUUGAUAAUAGAAUUGUGGAUUACUGUGUGGAAAAGAUAAAGAAGAAAUUGAAGAGGGACAUAAGUGGAAACAAAGGGGCUUUGAUGAUGUUGAGGAGAGGUUGUGAGAGAGCCAAGAUAGAGCUCUCAUCAAAGGAGAAUGCCUCAAUUCAUUUGGAAUACGAUGGGAUUGACUUCAAAACAGAACUCUACCGGACUAUUUUUGAUGAACUGUGCACUAAUCUAAUCAAAAAGUGUAUGGAAUUAGUUAACAGAUGUUUGAAGGCUGAAGGUCUAGUUAGCAGUGAUGUUGAUGAGGUUGUACUUGUGGGUGGUUGUGCUCAAAUCCCAGCUGUGCAGCAGCGAUUAAGAUCCUGCUUGGAUGGUAAGGUUCUUGUUGAAGUAGAGUCAAAUGAGACUGUUGCAGCUGGUUCCGCAUAUCUCGGGGCAUCAUUAAGUGGUGUGUUCAAUGAUCUAGUUUGCCGAGAUAUUGCAAACCUGUCAUUUAGUUGUGAAUAUAGGGUUACUGGCUUAUCCCCCAACUCUCUUAAGUCGAAAAUUGCAAACAAGAAAAGGGUGCUGAUUUCUAAGAAUACUCCAAUUCCAUCAAAGAAUUGCCAGAUCAAUGUGCCUAUUGUCAGGAGCGUUCUUAUGCCAAAUGACAGAAAAAUUGUUUUGAAGAUAUAUGAAGGGGAUAACAAUGUACUGGGAGAGAUUGAAGGUGGAAAAGUUGAAAAUACUUACAAGUUGUUGGGGAAAUUUGAGCUGAGCACUAAGGGUAGUGACCUUGUCACUGUUAUAUUCAAGGCUGAUACAAAUGGGAUCCUCAAUGUGUCUGCUCAGGGCAAUGAAGACAGCUAUAUUCCAAUCACCAGUGACAUUGGCCGAUUGACUACUAUUGAAAUUAGUAAAAUGACUUCAGAAGCUGCUAUAUACAAGUCAGAAGAUGAGGAGAUUUGGAAGAAGGUUAAGAGCAUUAAUAUAUGCAGGAAUGUAAUUCAGGGGACUGAUAUCACUGAGACUCCUAAGAAUGUUACUGAGACUGAGACUUUGGAGGAGGUUACCGAGACUGAGACUUUGGAGGAAAUUACCGAGACUGAGACUUUCGAGGAGGUAACCGAGACUGAGAUUUUGGAGGCCGAGACUGAGACUCUGGAGGAGGUUACUGAGACUUUGGAGGAGGUUACCGAGACUGAGACUUUGGAGGAAAUUACCGAGACUGAGACUUUCGAGGAGGUAACCGAGACUGAGAUUUUGGAGGAGGUUACCGAGACUGAGACUCUGGAGGAGGUUUCUGAGACUUUGGAGGAGAUUCCUGAUACUUUGAAGAAGGUAACUGAUACUUUCAAGGAUAUUCUUGCCUCUGACACUUCAAAAAACAUCAGCAAUGCUCUGAAGCAAAUUUGGUUAUACUUGCUUGGCACGAGCAUCGGUGAAAGAAUAUGCUUUGGGGUUAUUCUUAUACUUAUUAGUUAUUAUUAA